CGAAGAAAUUCCCCUCCUCCCAGAUCCCCCUUCCCAACAGGACGCGCACGAGACGAAACCGCCGCCACCGCGCCCCAUGGCCGACUCCGGCGCCCUCGUCGUCACGGAAUCGCGGCAGCAGCAGCAGCAGCACCCGCUGAGCCAGAUCGCGGAGAGCGGGACGCACCGGCUGCUGCUCAAGCAGUGGGUCAAGGAGGAGGACCUGCUGGCGCGCCGCGUCGCGCUGCGGGAGGCCCGCCUCGACGGCGCCCGCAAGGAGAUCGCCUUCCUCUACUGCGCCUUCUUCGCCUUCCACGCCGCCUCCGUCCUGCUCCUCUUCCUCUCCUCCGCUUCCACCGGCUCCGCCUCCGCCGCGGCGUGCAAGCGGUCCUGGAUCCCCUGCCUCGUCUCGCUGCUCUCCUCGCUCGCCAUGCUCUGGGCGCUGCGGUACAAGUCCGACACGGAGGCCGUCCUGGAGCGCAUGCUCGCGCGGGAGCGCGAGGACGCGCUGCUCCUCGCCAGGUGCGUCUCCGAGCUCAAGCGCAAGGGAAUCCACUUCGACCUGCUCAAGGAGGUGGACGCGCUGCGCAGGGCCAAGAGCCUCCGCGUCGAGGCCAAGGGGGGCGCCGACAAGCCCAGGAGAUGGCAGACCAGGGACCUCGCCGUCUUUGCGCUCUUCGCCGCCGCCUGCGGGGUGCUCGUGCUCACCAGGUUCCUGCUCUGCAAUUAGACAAGAUUGCAGCCUUGCAGGUGGGUUGGGGAGGGAAGGGUUAGCAAUCACGUGCUCGUUUGCCUACUUGGCCUUGAUAAGUGAUAACAGCCGUGACACAUUGCUGGACAAGGGCACUGUUCGUUCUCGGCAGAACUGUUUGUUCUGCGAAUUUUGGUGUUGGGUUUUGUCUGUUUGUAAUAAAAAGGAAAGGAUUUGAUGUGCCAGGUUUAGUUUCUUUGCGUUUCUUCUGAUUGUAUUGUAAAAGAGAGUAAAUGCUCUCGGUAUUAUGAAUUUAUAUGAUGAUACAAAUAUGAUGUUAAUGUC